AUGGAUUUUACAACCACUCUUUGGGCAGAUGUUACUCCUAUCCCGCAGGAUGAUGGGCCUGACCCACUUGUUCCCAUAGCCUAUUCCCCAGAAUAUUCCAAAGCCAUGGAUUAUUUUAGAGCUGUAUAUGCUUUAAAAGAGCAUUCAGCCCGAGCACUUGAUCUUACUUCGUAUAUUAUCAGUCAAAACUCGUCGCAUUAUACUGUCUGGAAGUAUCGGCUGGACAUAGUGUUGGGAAUGAAAGUUUCUAUUGAUGAAGAGCUUGCGUUUACUGAAGGACUUGCUGCUGAUAAUCCAAAGAGUUACCAGAUCUGGCACCAUCGUCAAGCCAUAGCAGACAAGGACCAUCAGCCCCAAAGAGAAAUUGAUUUUAUUAAUCGAAUGCUCGAGAUUGAUUCCAAAAACUAUCAUGCAUGGUCAUACAGACAGCACGUUGUGUCCCAGCAUAAGCUUUGGAAGUUGGAAUUGAAGGAAAUUGAUCGUUUAUUACAAGAAGAUAUCCGUAACAAUUCUGCUUGGAAUCAACGAUUUUUUGUAUUGUCUCGGUCCUCUGAUCCAUUUAAACCAGAGGAUUUGGAUCGAGAGGUGCAAUACACUUUGUCCAGGAUUAAUAUGGCUAUCCACAAUGAAAGCCCAUGGAACUACUUGCGAGGGUAA